AUGCAGAGUUCAAAUGAUGAAGAUCUUUAUGAUUACCCGGUAAAAAUCGAUGCAAUGCUUAAUAAACAGCGGAUGUUCAAACUUGACAUAUCGCCAUACUAUAAUCCAAACAUUUCAGUUGAUAUAAAGGUUGCAAAGAUGACUAAUGACCCCGACAUAAUCGGUGAGUUCAUGGCCAUUCAUAAACAAGACAUGGAAGUUGUAUUUGAUAUGACGACUACGUUGAAUGGGAAUACAACGAGAGGGACAGAAGAAUCUAAGAAUAUUGCAUCUCAAUCAGGAGAUAAUGACCAUGUAAAUGAAGAUCUGGUCACUAUUGCAAGGUAG